AUGUACGACUCGUUCCUGGGCCAGGCCAAGACGAUCGAGAACAUCCUCCGCGACGACAGCGUGCAGCAGCCUGACGAGUUGGUGGUACUUGGCCACCUCGAGAACUUGCUGAAGAGCGAUCCAGUCAAACAAUUCAGAUCGUGGGCAACGACUGACGCCCCGCCGAGCUUCGAGCCGCUGCCCGUCGGCAGUCCCGGCCCCGCGGGCGCUGAGCCCGUGUCUGAGAAGGGCCGCAAGGAGGCCGAGUUCUGGCAGGCGGCAGCCAAAAGUAAUUUUACGUUUGCCGCCAGGGGGGUCGCUGGGAACCCAGCGGCGGGUCGGUGGCAGCGAGCAUACGAGGCGAACGCAGACUUGAAGGCCAAGUACCAUGCGGCGUGCGAAGGCCUGAAAGGCAAACAAUUGUGGGAUAAGCAAAAGGAGUUCAAAUCCAGCUGGCUGCAGUCCGAACACGAGCGGUACCUGAAGAAGCAGGUGAAGACGUCGACACAGAAGAAGUCGUGGGCCAAGAAGGGCAAGUACAUGAUGUACGACGGGUGGUCGGAGUCCCUCAAAGGCCUCUUCGUGGAGGAGGAGUACAACGAGGAGUUCGACGAGACCUGGACGCUACAUGAAGAGUGUUUGGGCAAAGAUCCGAGCGGGAUCCAGCAGCAGGCAGCCAGUGACAUGGCGGGGAACUCGAAGAAGAAGAGCAAGGCGGACUCCAAUUUCAAGGGCGUCAUCAUCAAGCACGGCCUCGCGAUGGUGCAGGCGCACACGAUCCUGGGCAACAUCGAGGCUGGGCAGAAGGAGUGGAUCUUCAUGAAGGAGGAGCCGAUGCGCUACGCGAACUUGCAGAAGGCGCUGCAGCUCCUGAACGCAGAGGUGCAGAAAACCGACGGCCUCAACAGGUUGCUGACCACGAAACUGCCCGAGGUUAAGAAGAGCAUGGACGAAACGAAAUUCCACGGGAUCCUCCUGGCCUGCAUCGGCCCGGCGCAAUCGGUCGACAACCUGGCGAAGGAGAGCAGCAUUCUGAACAAAGAGGUGGCCGCCCGCCAGGAGGCUGGGCGCACUCUGUGUAGAUACCGGCAGCUAAUGCGGGAUAGCCCGCACAUCCCGAGCGAUGACGUGUACGAAGAGCUCAAGGUGUGCAUGAGCGUGCACAUGCGAUGCUGCGAGCUGGUCGGCAUCAAUGCUGAUUACUCAGUGUACCGUGAAUUGUUCAGGGAGGUGCUUGAGCACGUGCCGACCAUCAAGCGCGAGCUCGCCUUCGCUGAGCUCUUCGCUGGCGCCGCUGGUUGCCGUAUCUGGUUUAGCGCACUGUUCGCCGCAAUGCAGCACGUGGAUAGGUCGGAGUUGCUAAUCUAUGCCGACACGCGUGGUGUGCGGUUCCUGAUCGAACAGCCGAUCAACUCGCUGAUGUAUGCUAAUGAGAACAUCUCGACCGCGAUCAGCAUGACUGGUGCGGUACGUUUCACUUCGUGCAUGGGCAGUUUCGGUGGGGCCACGUUGAAACGGCUCGAAUCUUAUUCAACGGUUCCCGAAGAGAAUCGGCAGCUCCUUUCCAAAGGCCCCAGCGAGUUCAGAGCGCAGAAUCCCAACCCAAUUGUAGAGUCUGAUGCUCUGACAAUCGUGACGCCACGUUCAGGGUCUAACGCUGAGGGCGGCUGGAAGGCGGGCGGGUGGGUCACGGGGGCCAAGAAGCGCCUCAAGACAUCUGAGCAUUAUCCCGAUCGUUUCUGUUUAGCUCUGGCCGAGACAGCUGCGGCAGAUGGAGCCAUGCAUCUAUCCGAUGUGGAAUCGGUGCAGUGGAUCAGCGAGGGGGUCGACAGCGAGCUCGUUCGGGAACUGAUGAGGGGCAAACUCGGCGUGCUCCGCCGCGGGUGCGGCGAGGACGCCUUCGUGGCGGAGUUCCAGGCCAGGUCCGCGGAGGUGCUCACGUCCGGGCGACCCCUGAGCGAGAGCAAGUUCUGCCGCGCGCUGGAGGCCGCCUUCGCGGAGCUCGUGGCGCCGCCGGCGGACGCGGAGGGCGGCGCGGGGGGCGCCUGCGAGGGCGGCCCGCGGCGGCCGCCGCUGGCGGUCGUGGCGCCCUCAGGCACGGCGGCGCUGAGCAUCGCGCUGCGGGCGGUCGGCGUCAAGGGCAAGGCCGUCGUGACGCCCAGCAACACGUUCUUCGCCACGCAGGUGGCCGUGGAGAACGCUGGCGGUCACAUCGUUUUCGCGGAGUGCGAGGCGGAGUACAUGCAGCUCUGCCCGCGGGCCCUGCGCGCGCUCCUGGCGGCCCGGCCCGCGGGCUCGGUGGCGGCGGUGGUGCUGGUCCACAUCGGCGGCAUCAUCGCGCCCUUCGCCUCGGAGCUCCGAGACAUUGCGCACGAGCACGGGGCCGCGCUCGUGGAGGACGCCGCCCACGCGCACACCUCCCGACUGGAAGGCGUCGGCUGGGCUGGCAGCAUCGGUGACAUCGCCGCCUUCUCGUUCUUCCCAACCAAG